CAAAGAGAGGAGAGCGCCACAACCAGGCGCAGAUGCUGGAGGGCUCAUCAACACGUGAGGACAGGGAGGAGACAAGGAAUCGGCGGAGGGGACAAGGAGGAGGAGCAGAGAGACAGGAGACAUUUAGGAGAACGUGGCUUUCCAGAGCCCAGGGGAGGGACGGGAUAAGUGCUGAGUGUGUCAGAGGCUCCUGGGAAGUCAGACUUUUCAUUCCAAAAUGCCAUCUUCGUUUUAUCAGGCCUUCUUAGUUGUUGUCCUCUGUGUUCCAGUAUAUUGUGUGCCCCUAUCCAGCUCCCCCAGCAGAGGAUCUGUCUGCCCUUCCCCCAGAAAAAGUAGUCCUGCCUCCCAGGUGUCCUCCAGCAGCACCAACUUUGCCUUCUGCCUGUACCGGAAGCUGGUUUUGAAGGCCCCGAGUCCAAACAUCUUCUUCUCCCCCGUGAGUGUCUCUGCUUCUCUGGCCAUGCUCUCCCUUGGGGCCCGCUCAGCCACCAAGACCCAGAUCCUCCAGGGCCUGGGGUUCAAUCUCUCACACACACCUGAGUCCACCAUCCACCAGGGCUUCCAGCAUCUGGUCCACUCCCUCGCUGUCCCCAGCAAGGACCGGGACAUAAAGAUGGGGAGCGUCCUCUUCAUCAGAAAGGAGCUGCAGCUGCAGACAAAUUUUCUGGACAACGUCAAGGGGCUGUAUGAGUCGAAAGUCUUUUCUACAGAUUUCUCCAACACCUCAGCUGCCCGGAAGAAGAUCAACAGCUAUGUGAAGAGGGAGACCAAAGGGAAGAUUGUGGACUUAAUCCAAAGCCUCGAACCUCAGACAGCCAUGAUCCUGGUGAACCACAUUUUCUUUAAAGCCAAGUGGGAGAAGCCCUUUAACCCUGCAUAUACCACUAAAAGUUUCCCCUUCCUGGUGGACGAGAGGACUGCUGUACAUGUUCCAAUGAUGCACCAGGUACAGCAAGUUGCUUUUGGGGUGGAUCUGGAGCUGAACUGCUCUGUGCUGCAGAUGGACUACAGGGGAGACACCGUGGCCUUCUUCGUCCUCCCUGGCCAGGGAACGAUGAGGCAGCUGGAACGAGCCUUGUCAGCCAGGACAGUGUGGAGGUGGAGCCACUUAUUCCAGAAGAGGUGGGUGGAGGUGUUCAUUCCCAAAUGUUCCAUUUCUGCCUCCUAUGACCUGGAAACCAUCCUCCCGAAGUUGGGCAUCCGGGAUGCAUUUGACAAAAAUGCUGAUUUUUCUGGAAUCACAAAGGGAGGAUUCCUGCAAGUUUCCAAAGCCGCCCACAAGGCUGUGCUGGACAUCAGCGAGGAGGGCACCCAGGCUGCAGCAGCCACUGCCACCAAGUUCAUAGUCCGCUCGAAGGAUGGCCCCCCUGACUCCACCAUCUGCUUCAAUAGGCCCUUCCUGCUGCUGAUUACAGACAAAAUCACAGAGACCAUCCUUUUCCUGGGGAAAGUUGGAAAUCCCACUAAUUUCUAGGUGGAAGAGGCUUGUCAUCUGAAUACAUGUUGACGGUGUGCAGGAAAUGACAACCCACGUGGCCUGCUGCUCAUGCUCUGACGUUCGGAAGUGCUGUCUCCUGCUCUGAGGGUCCACCCGACCCCGGCAGAGCUGCAUGCAGCUCAGUCGUCCUAAGGCAGCAGUGACCACAGUCACAAACCAAAGCCCACUGACCCCCGGUCAGUGCUCUUUUCCACAAAUCCUCCCGGGUCACUAGCUUCAUGGAAGAGUUCUGGGUUGGUGGACUUUCAGCCCUCAGAGUCCCUGGGAAUGGUGACAUAUUGAUCAGUCACCUUUAUUGCAGAAUUACAGUAAUAAAUUCAA